AUGACGCAGAAGGGACAAUGCGGGACAGAAGAUGAACUGCAAGUUGGAGCAGCAUGGAACGGGAAGCGGAGUAGGUUCAGGAUGAUCGCUAUCGUCACGGCGCUUUUUCUCUCGCUCUUCGUCUCCGCCCUUGAUGCAACAAUCGUCGCCACAGCCCUGCCGACCAUAUCCAGCGAUCUUAACAGUGCCGCUGGCUACACCUGGAUUGGAGGCGCGUAUCUACUUGCCAACGCCGCGUCUGGCCCUAUCUGGGCCAAGUUGUCUGACAUCUGGGGUCGAAAACCAAUCAUGUUGGCAGCGCUUGCUAUCUUCUUCGCUAGUUCAGCUGUUUGUGCAACGGCGAAGACGAUGCAGGAAUUGAUCAUCGGGCGGGCUUUCCAGGGGACGGCGGGUGGUGGACUCAUUCUUUUAGUUCAUGUUUGUAUCAGCGAUCUGUUUAGCCUGAGGCAGAGGAGUUUGCUAAUGGGCUUUACGGAAGGCAUCUGGGCAUUAGCCGGCGGUAUCGGACCCGUUCUGGGAGGUAUCUUCGCUAGCCUGGUGACAUGGAGAUGGUGCUUCUACAUCAACUUACCCAUCAGCGGAUUCGCCGCUUUGCUUAUUCUUCUCUUCCUGGACAUCAAGCACGAACACACCUCUUUCUUCGAUGGCAUCAAAGCCAUAGAUUGGCUCGGAAUCUUCACCUUCCUCGGAUUUACACUCAUGAUUCUCUUGGGUCUGGAUUUCGGUGGCGUCCUAUUUCCAUGGAGCUCUGCUAAAGUCAUUGCACUACUCGUAGUGGGUGGAGCCAUGAUCCUUGCAUUCAUUUACAGCGAGGCCAAAGUGGCGAAAUAUCCUUUGAUUCCCAUGACGUUAUUCCGUCGAAGGACAAACAUCGCCGCUUUCCUCGUUGUCUUCUUCCACGGCUUCGUCUUCAUUGCAGGAGAGUAUUAUCUACCACUGUUUUUCCAAGCCGUCCUCGAAGCUUCGCCCUUACGAUCUGGACUGCUUCUUCUCCCUUUCAUCGUCACAGGCGCAAUCGCGGGAGUCUUCUGUGGCUUCAUAAUGCAUAAGACGGGACAUUUUCGCGAGAUAAUCUGGGUCGGUACCUUUCUCCUCACCGUUGGCUUUGGCCUAUUUAUCUCCUUCGAUGCCUACACAUCGACAGCUAAAGCAGUCGGCCUUGUUAUAGUUGGUGGCUUAGGAUCCGGUAUCCUAUUCGAAGCGCCUAUGAUUGCUAUCCAAAGUCAGGUUGAACAGCAUGAUGUUGCAAGUGCUACUGCAACUCUAUCUUUUAUCCGCAAUAUCGGCGUCUCAAUUUCGACCAUAAUCGGUGGCACCAUCUUCCAAAAUUCGAUGAACAACCGCGCUUCGUUUCUCCGAGACGCCGGGUUGCCACAGAACCUCUUGAGUCAGCUUGAUGGCGAUAGUGCGAUGGCCAAUGUUAUGCUUCCUGCUACCUUCGAAAAUCCAGCAUGGGAGCUUGCCGCGAAACAAGCCUUCGCGUAUGCGAUGCGCAACAUGUGGAUCACCUACACGGUGUUUGCUUUCUUGAGUUUUGCAGCGAGUUUGUUUAUAAAGGCGGCGGUAUUGGGGACGGAUCACGUGGAGACUGUUACCGGACUGAAGAAAGACAAGGUCUCGACAAGAGUGGAGACGGAUAGUCUGUAA